AUGGCAGUAGUGGAGAUUGGAUGGAAUGUGCGGGCUGGUUAUGUUGGUGACACAAGAUGCGCGCGCCAGUUUCCGUCUCUUCACUUGUUGGAACCGCCUGCUGAAACAAGUUUUCCCUCUGUGCUAAUGGCAGCGGAUGGGGCAGGAUCAGAGAGCGUGUCAUCCAUGUGGACAUUACAGUCUUUGGAUGCUCAGCGGGACUCUAAUAUGGAUUACCUGUCACGCAUUAUUGGGGAUGAGCUGCAUUGCCUAAAGGAGGAAACCCUCACCCUCGUGGUCCCGGAGGUGUGGCACGAGCGGUUCGACGUGAUGCGGGCGCUAUUUCAUUCCGUAUUGGAGUCAGGUGUGGCAACGGCUCUGUAUUGCCUACGACCAAGUGUUGCAUGGGCACUGAGCUCGGGGAAGUGUUCCACCGUCGUGUUGGACGUCGGGCACAGUCACGCCACCGCCGCUGCGGUGUUGGACGGCUACGCCCUGCGGGGAACGGUGGCUUCGAGUGAUGUUGCCGGCAAAGUUGUCACGGAGGUGCUCAAGGGUAUGUUGGACAGUGAGCAGUUACAAGCACUAGAAGGUGUGGCGCGAUUCAAGACUCCUACCGUGCGGGCAUUAGCAAUGGAUGAUUUGGUUGGGGACAUUAAACGACUGGCAUGUACCGUUCGUACCGAUGCUUCUGAAAGUAACAAGGAAGAAGGGUCAUUAGUGUUACGAGCCCCGGAUGGGAGCGCCAUUACCGUUGAAGGACGGGCGCGAGUGGAGGCAUAUGAGGUUUUGUUUCGUUCGGUUGGUGGUUUCGGGAGCUCACUGGGGGACCUUGUUGUGGGCUGCAAGCAGCGUUUAGAUCCCGAGUGGCAACUGCAGUUCGUUUCGCACACACUUUGUGGUGGAACGGCGCAGGCCCCCGGUUUCCGUGAGCGGUUGCUAACAGAGGUUCAGCAAAGGGAUUCGUGUUACUUUCGUUACGAAAAAGAGGGCGGUUUCCACUUGUCUCGUGCCGUAGACGGAGCCUGGGUGGGCGCAUCUUUGGCGACAGAUAGCUCCUCCUUUGCAUCCCUUUGGAUUACACGUGCCGAUAUGGAGGAGGAGGGAGAUUCGGUGUUGUACCGCAAGUUAUUUUACUGA